AUGAUCUCCGAGUGGGAAUCGCCCAUCUCCAGGGCCCAGAAGGCCAUCCUCUCUCUUUCUGACGUCCUGGGCCGCCCCCUGCCGGAGUCCGUCGCCUACUCCGAGAACCACGCCCUCCGCCUCCUCCAUGACGCGGAGCUCUGCGACGAGAUAUCCGCGCGGCUCCGGCUGCCCAGCUCCGGCGCCGGGGACGACACCGUCUGCCGCUGGCUCUACGACACCUUCCACUCCAUGGACCCCGCCCUGCAGCUGGCGGUGCUCCGGUUCGUGCCGACGAUCGCCGGCGUGUACCUUCCCCGCGCGGCGGCGAGGAGGCCGCUGCCGGGCUACGAGGCGGUGCUGCUGGCGCUGUACGCGCACGAGACGACCGCGCGGGGCGACCAGCCGGUGACGGUGACCGUGCCGGACUUGUGCCGCCCCAGCGUGUACCACGAGGGAGCUGGGGCGGCCACGGGGGGGGAGCUGGCCGUGGGGGUCAUCUCCCCGACUCUGGAGCCGCACGGCGCCGUGAGGGCCACCAAGAGGGCGCGCAUCGUCGGGGUGGCGCUGGAGAUGUACUGCUCAAAGGUCUGCCUCAUGCCGGCACGCUCCAAGGUCGACUUCUGCGAGUUCUGCCUCGCGUGGGCAGGGCCGACUUCUGCGAGGGACGAGGCGGCGAAGGAAGGGGGGAGGAUCCCUCUGCCAUGGGAGCUCAUCCAGCCGUCACUGCGGAUACUGGGGCACUGCCUCAUGGGGACUUCCGACGCCGGCGAGGUGCAGGACAAGGCAGCGGCGGCCGUCCGCGGCCUCCUCGCGAGGGCGACGCUGGACGUGGACACUAGGGCGAUCUUGGCGACGAGGAGUCUCCUGCGGGCCUGGGAGAUGGCCGCUUGCUCGACCAAGAGGUGGCCGGAUCUGGACUUCCUCCUCGAGGAUCCUCCUAGCGAGGGUGACGCCACGAGGGAGCUUCUCCCUUCCCCUUCUUUAGCAUGA